UAUCAUAGAAUUGCUAUUAGAUUUGUGCCUACAGUUAGAAGAUCGUUAUUAAAAUCAUUUUGAAUGGCUAUAAUAAUUACGGGUUUAGCAAUACUAGAAGCUCAAGAGAUUAGUGCUGUAGUUAAACUUUUUCGACAUGCGCGUUCCCGUUGGCUGUUUCGUGGAGCGCGCUGCCGAGGGUUUCCGGCGCACGCAUGCGUAGAGAGGUAUUGGGAAUUUCCAGCAGAAGGCGAAGGUAAGGUGCUGAGUGUAGUCUGGCGUCUCCUGAAAACAGCUUCUCUCGUUCUAGCGAAAUGUGGCCAACUUUCCAAAAACGGGCUUGUAGGAGCCAUAGUCUCAGGACCAGGGCGUGUGUUUUUCAGAGUCCAUUUUAUAUUUCUGAAGGGUUUGUUUGAGCGGUGUGUGUAUUCAGCGAGGUGUAUUUACUGGUGGGGCCCGAGGGAGGCAAACCAAGCAUUUAAAAUAGCGAGUUUUGUUUUGGUUAAAAAUGAGGGAUCGGAACAGCUACCGCACAUUAUUGAUUGCUCGUCGCUGUUGAAUUGUUUGGAUGAGUGGGUCUCUCCCCCCAGUGUCUGGGAAUGAAAAGGACUGACAACCGGAACCUGUCCCUCUGUUGCUGCUGUCACUUUGUAGAGGUGAUAUAAUUUAAAAAUACAGAAUUGCUACUGCAUAUCAACGUGCAGAUUGUUGGUUCUAUAACAGAGCUGCAGUAAUAUCAAAGGAAAAUUAAACGAGACAUUAUUAUUAUUAUUAUUAUUAUUAUUACUAUUAUUAUUGGCGUCUCCCCGACUGUCCUAUUCAGUGCGAGGCGGAAAAUAACUUGGCAAACAGAGAGAGUAUCGCAUCCGUACAGUGAUUGAGGGGUUUGUACUGUGAAUAAUACUUAGCUUGCCUAUCUAUGGGCUGCCUACAUUCCUUCGUUACAAGGAGUAGAUAUACUAGUAUAUCCAUGUAUAGGUAUAAGCAUUAGACGCAACAAUGCCUGCCAGUAUGGCAAUCAUGAGCUGACCCCUCACUUGACUUGUUGUCUUGAAGCAAAUGGAUUAACUGGCAAUUAACAGCUGCCUUCAGCUGUUAUAUGCUACAGUAGUUUCAGCCAGGAUAGGGCUUACUGUAUAGUGGGGACUCCUUUGGCUGGUGCUUCUGUGUCCUCCAAAUUACUUUGAAUUUUUCCAUCCAGAAUGUCUUUCUAGAUGCAUCUUGCUGGCCUGGCAUGGUAGAAUCACAGUGUUAUGGUAGAUGAUUCUGUGUGCUUCCUAACAUCAUCGUUUGUAAAUAUCCAUCUUAUAGCCUGUGUCUAGCACGACAGGAUUAUAUUAUAGUUACAAAUUAAGUGCAUUUUUUCUUUUUGGUAUGCUGCACAGGGGAAAAGAAAACAUGCAAGAACCACAAGUAAUCAAUAAUAAUAAUAAUAAUAAUAAUAAUAAUAAUAAAUAGUACAGAAUAGAAAAAAAAAACAACAGAAUAAGAAUAAUAUUUACAGACCUACUAUUUUUUUUCUUGUCUCUUGCAGCUGAUGUUGUCCUGCAGUAGGCUGGCCUGUCUUACUAAUUAAUACAUAUCUUCAUAUAUAUCUGUUCUUUCGCUUAUGCUUGUCAGUGAUUACAGAGGUAGCCUCCUGAACUUUGUGACCUUGUCGAUUUGUCCAGAGGCCUAUUGGAAUAUUCAUCAUUGCCAGUGGAAUACACCAUAGAUUCUUGCUGAAUGAAGUUAUUCAUAGGCAGAGAAUCCGGCCGACUAUGAGAGGUGUGCAGUGACCAUCUCUGGUGUCCCUAAUGGAUUCAAAGCUGCGAGAGGACCUAUUGAAGAAGUAUGUGCAAUCUCUGGAGUGUCGGCUGGAGGUGGGGGGAGGAAGAGGAGGACAGCAGCAAGGGGUGGGCGAGGCCGGUCUUUGCUCGGCCGCCACAGCACUACUUAGUCUCCACCAGGUCGAUCCAGCUCACCGUUUCCAGCUGGUUCGCUUCUAUGAAGUGUCAGAGAAUGCACUGCGCACACUGAGAAGCUCCAGCUUGCAAGGGCUGGAGACAGCCUUUAAUACACUGGAAACAAUCUGCACCAACCUUUUGCUCUACCCUUGGAAAAAAGAGUUCCGCUCCAUUAAGACUUUCACUGGCCCUUAUGUGUACUGCCUGCAGUCAGCUUUGUGUGACUCAGACCUUCGCUCCUUGCUGCGCUCCAUGGGUUACUCGCGAGACCAGGAGCUACAGUUCCAUGCCCGAGAGCCUAGUGGUGGGAUAGCUCAGCUACGCCAGCUGGCCUUUGAGCUGUUCCUGGCACAGAUGGAGUGCCGCUUGCUGAAGGAGCUGGUGGCACAAGCGGGUGGGGGCUCUUUAGACAUGGCGGUGGAGGCUGUUGAGAUACGUCGAGUCAGUCGCGAAGAUGCCAGAGGCUGUGCUGACAUCCUGCGUCGCAGAGAGGCCUUGACAGGGGAGGUGUCCCGGCUUAGUGUGCGCCGGCCUGAGUGUGAGCGGGCCUACCUGAAGCAGCGAGCAGAUCGGCCCUACAAAUCGAUGGACGUGACAGAUGGUGCAGGUCACUGGCAGCCCUCCAGCAAGCCGGUUCUGAUGACCACGCUCAGCCUCCGCAAGGAGCCUCUCUUUGUGGAUGCAGAGGAGGACCAGCAGGAUGAGAUCAUUAGACCUGCACCCUCUCUGCUGUCUGCAACAGGACCUGCUUACAGCCCUUUGGCUGAUUUCUUUCCUGUCACAUCUGCUCCUACAGAGCCUCCCCCUCUUUCCUCAUACUCUUCCUACCACCUGUCCUCUCUUGAUGAAAUCGAUCUCUACACAGACCGAGGUGGCGGCUAUCGUCUGCCUUCGAAGCAGCCGAGCAGGGAACCUAGAGACAACUGGGGAGGCAAGAGUCCCGCUGCCCCAUCUGUUAAUGUGAAGUGCCAGGGCUGUGGUGUGGGCAGCACCAGUGUUAUCGCCUGCCAGAAGUGCGAUAUGAUCCUGUGUCCUAGUUGCCACGCAGAAGAGCACUCCCCAUGCUGUGGGCUCCAGGACUUCCCCAAGGUUUCGCGUCCCAGCGAGGGGUACUUAUCUGGUAAAGAGAAGUUGUACGUCUAUUCCAGCACUCCCACUCAGGCCCAACUCCCAGACAGGCCCCAGUCCAACCCCAAGCUUUUCCCCAGUAAGUUGAGCACCGCCAGCAGCGGUAGCAAUGGCUCGCGCUGCGGGUUCUGUAACAAGCCAGGUGCCUCCCACACAUGUCUGCACUGCUCCAAAGUGUCCUGUGACAGUUGCAUGACCCUCUAUGCUAAAGACUUCUGUGGACGUAAGAAUGCACACCAUAAUUUUGUGCCGAACAACCAUCUUAACUACAAAUGCAGCUCCAUCUCUCACCUGGUGUAUCGAUAGGACGCAUACUACUCUAGGCACUUGUGAAAGUUGGGUAUUGGAUCUUCAUGUCCUUUAGGGGAUGUCAUUACCAAGGAAGCCAAGCAAAUAAUCUUCAUGCUUACCUGAUACUGUUACCAGACUUUCCUGCCUGUUUUGAAAACUGUCAGGAGACUCAAAUUAUUUUACUUGCAGGGCAAAUUGAGCUGUAUUCACAACCUUCAGCUAAAGUGUAUUUCCAGACCCAUCUCACAUUUGUUGAUUUAAUGUAAGAAGUAACCUCCAUUAAAAUUUUGGGUAACCAUUUGUACACAUCAGCUUGCAGUUAUACUAUUAAAAUCUCUGGUAUGUACAAGAUGUAUACUCUUGAAUUCAACUUGAGAACCCAUUGACACUAAUUUUACAUUUGCAGUAACAAGAACAAAAAAUGCAGCUUCUUUUGCAAGCAUAAUCUUUACCAUAACAUCCAUGAAGUUAUCUGCACAGUAACACAGUUUUACAAGCUUGCCUAUCUGCUGUUUGGUACUUCGCAGAAACCAUGGUAAAUCAUUACACUGGAUUUCUUGAGCUUUCUUUUUGCCUUGACUGGGCUGAGGCACCUUUCUCAACCCAAGCUUCUUGAUAUAUUGUACUACUGUACUACCAAUUUAAUUUUAGACCUCUGAAUUCCUCUCACACCCAGUUGGCCUUGAACUGAAGGAAGUGAGCAAUGAACUGAAAGUUUUGUAUGUAAUUGUUUAAGUAAAAAAUAUACAGUUACACGGAUGAAGGCACAAGUUGUUUGUCAACUUGACCUUAAAUUUUUUUUUAAAUUUUUUAUUAUAUACUUGAUGCAAGCCCAUAGGGGCUUGACUGUUACUGUGAAGGAAUGCCUGUGUGUUACAGGAAAUUCAUAAUAUAUAGUAUAAAAUGGAAACUUGUUUAAUAUUUAACACUUACUAUGUUGUCGUUGCCUUUUUUCCAUCAUAUAAUCUUCCCACGUUUGUUGUAAUCAUUAUGUUUUCUGCAGCAGGAAGUGGAGUCCAAAAGCCUCUAUGCAAAACAAACUUGGAGAGAUAUGGAUUAGCUUGGGAUUUCUCUACAGAAUAAGGUGGAGUACUGUGGCUGUUCAUUUACUGCCAGUAGAACUUCAAGUCAUGGCUCUAUACUGUACAGUACUGCUGAAAAAUAGAAAACAAGCCAGCCUUUUAUUUUUGCUUUGUUUUUGUUUAUUUUUUCCAACAUGCAAAGGACAGGUAGUUUUGAGUAGCUCAGAUGGUACAACAGAACUGUAGGGUGUCUGGAGUGGAGUUUGAGUCAAAGCAUGGGCACAUGCAUCAGAGAUUCCCCUAGCUAGCAGCACAUACCCAUUCAAAAUCCAGGGAAGUCCAAUGGAAAUGAAUUGGACACUGGUCACACCCGUGAGGUUUUUGACUAGUACAUUUUUAUAAAGAGCCUUGGUGUGCUGCCAUGGCUUUGCCCAUCUAUGGUACAAAUAAAGAAUUGUAGUGCAGUUUGCUUAAAAUGUUUUCUACCAUUGCUAUUUGAAACCUUAACCUACAUGUGCAAGACUUGGAAAAAACCUCCACCAUAUGAGCUAAUCCAUAUAAUUCCCAAUUACUACCAAAACCUAUAUCGAUUUAAUAACUUUCUGCAUUCAGGCUUCAACGCCAGCUCCCAACAAGGGCACCUUUUCUUUUGCAGUCCAUGCAGUCUUCUUUCUUACCUGUGCCAUUUUGGGAAAACUAAAUCAAAUCUCAAAAAUACAUAUUUGAGAAAACCCACAAAGUAUUACAAUCAAACAAAUCUUUAUUUUCAGCAGUUGGGCUCCGGUAUCGCAAAUUAAGACAGGAUGGAAAGAAUUGGUUUGUUGUUGUUCCAGUGUAGCAAUUGCAAGGACUUACCAUCAGUAAAUUACUUAGGCAUGCAGUGCUCAUGGGAUGUAUCAAGAAAUCAAUUUGGAGUUUUCAAGUUUGCACAAUUGUAGUUGUUAACCCUUUAAUGUCUGGGAUUGUUUCUGAGUUUCAAAAGUAGACUUUGGGAGGCAUACUGUACAUAUCAAUUAAUUUAUCUUCACAAUUUUACCCAUUGGUUUACUCGCCUUGCAGGAGCCUUUGAUUCAUAAGUAUUGUGAAAACAACAGUUGGGUUAUUUAGCAUGUAUUAACAUCCAGAAGUUUGUAGUCUCUCAAUGACAAACUGACUUUGUGCUGUGUCCUCAAGACUGGUUUUGAUGUUGUCAUCUCUGAUACCAUAGAAGGAGCUGUAAAAUAGUACAUUUCAUACCUUUGUGAACUACAGGCACAGAAAGGUUACCUUAAAAAAAAAAAAAAAAGUUCUUGAAAAGUUCAGAUGGUGGAUAAAUUGCAAUAAGAGAAUAGAGAGGGAGCUGAUUACAGUAGCUUAUUAUUACCCACUGCCUCUGGCUGGUAUUAGAACUGAUCUGUGUUUGUAAAAAAUAAUGAAAUCCGAGGGCUGUAAUCUGAUGGACACUUGAUUAAGCCAGUUUCUGUAUUUAAAAAAGAAAGAAAGUCUUCUGAAGACCCAGUUAAUUAAACCCAUCCCUGCAAAAGAAAUGUCUGAUUUAUUUUAUUUGUUUCUAGUUUAUGUAGUAAUUGAAGUAGUGUGUUGACAAACCAAAUCAGUUUUGGGGCUAACCCCAUAAGGGGUGUUAAACAUAAACCUGUGGAAGUUUAAAUUAGUUCUUGAUUGAAAGUACUUUGUUUGUGGUAUUUUAUGUUGGUGGUGUAUGUAUUAAAAACUUGUAGUUUCUUGAAGUGACCCCCCUCAUCAUCGCACACACUCCUGCACUCGUACAUGUCUGACAAAGCUAUUAAUGCUCCCUGUACAUAAGAUACAAAGAUUGAUAAAGCUGGGUUUAUUUUGGAAAAAAUAGACAAAUAAUUUGUUGUUGAAUCAUCAUUUUUAAAAUAAAAUGCCAAGAAUAAAACAUUACAAAAACA